AUGACCAAUUUCCGCACUAUACCACCAUCUAUGAAAGACGGGCUCCCGCCGGUGCCAUUUGCCUCGACUUUGCGGAGGUUUUUGACAGUGUCAACUGGCAGGUAUUGGAUUUCGUUCUUAAACACUGGGGAUUUGGUAAAGAUUUUCGUCAUUGGAUUUCCACAUUUUUUACGGGGACCUUAG